UUCAAAGUUCAGACGUUUAAAAAAUGUGCUAGGAUCAUUUUCGUUAAAAUUGGUGUGUAAGUCGCCCUCUAGAGCUGGGCCAACGUUAACAUAACAGUUUAUAUCUUUAAAAUGGACACCCAAAAGUAAAAACUGUGUAUUCAAAUAUUUUCGUUAGGGGGUGUUUACUGGGAUAAACAUGGCUAUUUCUGAGGAGGAAAAUGUAGAGUCAUCUGCAGCAAUGCAUAGAGAAAACAUUGAUCUGUUUAGUGAAAAUGUACUUGGAAAUGGUGACAGCCUUAACUACAGGAACCUUCUAUCUGAAGCUGUAAAAAUGGAGAAUCAAGGAAAGUUUCUUGAAUUUGCAUGGGGUAUGGAAAUGCAAGUUGAAGAAGUAUCUCUACAGCCAUUGAGAGUAGUGGAAGUUGAUCUUAACAUGCAAGUACCAAUAUCACUACAGAAUAUCAUACUGCUUAAAGAAAUUUCCAAGAAAGCAUAUGGUGAGGAAGAAAACAGAUUGCCAAUUGGGGCCACCUUAGGUCAGGGAUGGGAAAUUGGAGCUUCAAAAAUCUAUGGCUCCGAUCAUGAGGAUCUUGAAUUAUCAUCUGUGAUCACCAGUCAUCUUCAGCUUCCCAGUGAAAUGAAUAUAGUAGCAAAGUUCAAGAAAUUAGUGUUGUAUGCAGGACGUCAGUGCUUCAUUAAUAAUCUGGCUUCCUGUUGGGGUGAUGGUAAAUUUGGUACUCUACUCCUUCAAUUACCUGUGGAAGGAGGACAUGAAGGUGGACAUUUAAAUAUUGAAUAUCAAGGAAGAAAGAAAAAGUUUGAAAGCCAUACGAAUAGCGAUAAAACUUUUUAUCUGUCUUCAUUUUACGAUUGCUGUGAACAUUUUAUCGAACCCGUUUUACAAGGACACAAAUUGAUCCUUGUUUUUGAUCUCAUUUGGACAAAUGCCAAAAUAGAGAUCCCGCGUAACUUUCCUGUUUUUCUUACAGCGCUCAAACAAAUGAAGAAAGCGAUCAAAUCAUGGCGUCACCAUCAUCUGUUAAAUUCAAAGAAAAAGGAUGAAACGCAGCCUGUCAUGCAUUCAGAUUGCCCGCCAUUUUCUGGAGCAGAUUUAUCUCCCACUAUUGCAGCCGAAGCCAUUUACCUAAAAAAUUACAGUUUGAACAGCGAAGCGGAUUUCCUCUAUUCUGAGGAAGUAUUGAAACAAAAUAUCAUGUUCCUGGUUUUAAACGAAAAAUAUGACGAGAAAUUCUUUUCAUUUGAACUAUUGCGGAGACGUGAUCGGAUAUUCGCGGAAGCAUUGUUGCAGUGCAGUUCCUUAGAUGUGCAUCUCGCCUUAGCAAAGCGAAAAAUCCAACAUGUAAGAAGAGAAGACUCCGUUGGUGUUGAACAAUUUGAAACAGUUACAAACCCUGAAAAGUUCAAAGUACUUGAAGUCUCACAUUGCAUUGAUUCUAAUAAUGUGACAAGAAACUUGAGCAUCGAAUUGAAUUGGGACGAACAAUAUGUUGGAACCAUUCAGCCAGACCAAGAGAAGUUGGCCAACAACGAAGAUAGUGGACAAGCCGAAACUGAUCAAACAAGUUCAUAUUACGGCAUGUUGAUUUUCUGGCCCAAACUUCUUUCUGUUCAGAUAUAUUGUCGUUUUGGUCUCCAUUCACUUAUCCUGCAAAUGUGUAAAUCUCUGUCAUCUUUACACGACUGGAAAGAAGACAACUUACGCAGUGCUAAAAGUGAUUUGCGACAGUUAAUUUCAUUUUGUGGUACUGAACCUGAGAAAGCUUGGAUUAAAUCGGGGAUGCCGAAAGGGGAAUUGACACUACGAUUGCUCCGAUUUUGUACUGCAUUGCGAGCCCGUGAAGAGGGUCUUGACUUGUUGAGGAUUCUCGGUUCAAAUUUCAACGAGGAGCCUAAUAGUGGAGUCGCGUACAACGAGUGUAACUUCGAAGGAAUUCAAAACGAAGCAGUGGCUUAUGCCAUAGCGAAAUUUGAGUGUCAAGUAGCCGGUUGGAAUGUAAUCGCUGAUCUAGUUAAGAAAUUGGUUACUUUCGAUCGCAUCGCCAAGCAGUUGAUUCCAAUUUGCAAAUUGCCAAAGUACUUCUUGGAUGUCAAUUGCAUUGAAGGAGCUAGAGUAAUAGAAAACUGCAUUUCUUCUUCUUUCGACAAAACUCAAGUUUCGAAAGCAAAACUGUGUGAUGUGCAAGCUUAUGUUGACAUGAAAGUGGCGUUGGAGACAAAUCGUAGCACUGCCGACCGGGAGAGAACGGCAUCAUUUAUUCUCUUCUUUUCUAAGCUCAAACCUUCUCUGCAAUGUCGUUUAAUAUUGGAUUUUGCAGCCCAGAAGAAUCAUUUUCUAGGAAGCCUACAUUCAUGGCAAUUUGUAUUUCAAGAUUUCUGCGAAAUUCUAUCGUUUUCGUGUAAGAUUCAACCGCCACCUGCCAAGACGCUUGCUUCCGAUUUCAUGAAAGCAAUUGAAGCCUGGCUAUUGGAGCUGUCCCAAGAAAUAGAACUGCGUCCUGAGUUACAAGAGCUCUUUGAACCACACGUUGAGCUCGAAUGUGAACUAAAAAAAGAUUCAAUUACAUCCCAUACAAUGGAUCCACAGGCAAUUUCAGCCAGUGUAACCGUUACAGAAGAACCUGAAAAAUUGGCUACUAGUGUUAACAAAAUGGUGAUCAAUCUAGCAUAGAAAUGUGGGAUGCUUCUAAUACAUCAAAUUCUCA